GAGAGAGAAAGACACAAUAGCUAGCAACAACUUUAGAGAGAGAGAGAGAGAGAAAGAAGGAAAGAAGGACAGAGACAGAGAAGCUCAGACUUGCUUUUCACAUAUAUAAGCAUCCAAACCUUCAUUUCUUGAAGAGAGAGAAAACAUAAAAAGCUUUUGAGAACAGGGCUAAGAAAAUCAAAAACAAAAAUUUUCUCUUGAACUUUGUAUUCUUCUGAUUAUCGUUUUCUUCUUCUUCUUCAGCUUACGUUGUAGUUUUUGAAAGUUACAAGUCCGAUCUGACUCACUGAGUUCAGUUCUGUGUUCGACUCGGUCCUGCCUCGGAUGAGUUAGAAAGGAAGAUCGCUUUCUUACAAAUCGAUAUCCAUGGCUGGACCAGAUAACAUCAUUGUAGGUUCUCAUGUAUGGGUUGAAGAUCCAUCACUGGCAUGGAUUGAUGGAGAAGUCCUCCGAAUCAAUGGUGAAGAAGUUCAUGCACAGACUACAAAUGGGAAAAAAGUUGUCGCAAAUAUUUCAAAAGUGUUUCCAAAGGAUACCGAGGCUCCUCCUGGAGGUGUAGAUGACAUGACAAAGCUUUCCUAUUUGCAUGAACCCGGAGUACUGCAUAACUUGGCAACCAGAUAUGAACUUAAUGAAAUAUAUACAUACACCGGAAAUAUCCUGAUUGCUGUAAACCCAUUUCAAAGAUUACCACAUUUGUAUGAUACUCACAUGAUGGAACAAUAUAAAGGAGCUGCAUUUGGAGAGCUAAGCCCUCAUGUUUUUGCAGUUGCAGAUGUUGCAUACAGGGCAAUGAUCAACGAGGGAAAGAGCAACUCAAUUUUAGUUAGUGGAGAGAGUGGUGCUGGUAAGACUGAGACAACAAAGAUGCUUAUGCGGUAUCUUGCUCACCUUGGGGGUCGAUCUGGAGUAGAAGGGCGGACGGUUGAACAACAAGUUCUAGAAUCCAAUCCAGUUCUUGAAGCAUUUGGUAAUGCCAAAACGGUUAGGAACAACAACUCAAGUCGUUUUGGUAAAUUUGUUGAGAUCCAAUUUGACAAGAGUGGGAGGAUAUCUGGGGCAGCUGUACGAACUUAUUUGCUCGAAAGAUCUCGUGUUUGCCAAAUUUCAGAUCCUGAAAGAAACUACCACUGCUUUUACCUUCUCUGUGCAGCACCACUGGAGGACAGAGAGAAGUAUAAGUUGGGAGACCCUAAAUCAUUCCAUUACUUGAAUCAAUCCAACUGUUAUGCACUGGAUGGAGUGGAUGAUGGCCAUGAAUAUCUAGAAACCAGAAGGGCUAUGGAUAUAGUUGGAAUCAGUGAGGAAGAGCAGGUGGCAAUUUUUAGAGUUGUUGCUGCAAUUCUGCAUCUUGGAAAUAUUGAAUUUGCAAAGGGACAGGAGAUUGAUUCUUCUGUCAUUAAAGAUGAAAAGUCUAGAUUCCAUCUUAAUAUGACAGCUGAACUGCUUGAGUGUGAUGCCAAGAGCUUGGAAGAUGCACUGAUUAAGCGUGUAAUGGUGACACCAGAAGAGGUUAUAACAAGAACUCUUGAUCCUGUUGCUGCAUUGGGUAGCAGGGAUGCCUUAGCUAAAACCAUCUAUUCUCGUUUGUUUGAUUGGAUUGUGGACACAAUUAACAAUUCAAUUGGGCAAGAUCCAAACUCAAAAUCCUUAAUUGGUGUUCUUGAUAUAUAUGGGUUUGAGAGUUUUAAGCAUAAUAGUUUUGAGCAGUUCUGUAUCAACUUUACAAAUGAGAAACUGCAACAACAUUUCAAUCAGCAUGUCUUCAAAAUGGAACAAGAAGAAUAUACAAAAGAAGAAAUCAAUUGGAGUUACAUAGAGUUUGUUGAUAACCAAGAUGUUUUGGAUCUGAUUGAGAAGAAACCUGGAGGAAUUAUUGCACUUCUGGAUGAAGCCUGCAUGUUUCCUAAAUCCACGCAUGAAACAUUUGCUCAGAAGUUGUACCAGACAUUCAAAAACAACAAGCGCUUUAUCAAACCUAAGCUUUCUCGCACUAGUUUUACUAUAUCUCACUAUGCAGGGGAGGUAACUUAUCUGGCUGAUCUGUUUCUUGAUAAAAACAAAGACUAUGUGGUGGCAGAACAUCAGGAUCUGUUGACGGCAUCAAAGUGCUCCUUUGUGGCAGGUCUAUUUCCUCCACUUCCAGAAGAAUCAUCAAAGUCUUCCAAAUUUUCUUCCAUUGGUUCUCGCUUUAAGUUACAACUUCAAUCUUUAAUGGAGACCUUGAGUACAACAGAACCUCAUUAUAUCAGAUGUGUGAAGCCAAACAAUGUCCUUAAGCCUGCUAUUUUUGAGAACCUCAAUGUAAUCCAACAAUUGCGCUGUGGUGGUGUUCUUGAGGCAAUCAGAAUCAGCUGUGCUGGAUAUCCUACUCGACGAACAUUUUAUGAGUUUCUUCACCGCUUUGGUGUUCUUGCUCCUGAAGUUUUGGAAGGGAACUAUGAUGAGCAGGUUGCUUGCCAAAUGAUUCUGGAUAAAAAAGGAUUGAAAGGUUAUCAGAUAGGCAAGACAAAAGUCUUCCUCAGGGCUGGUCAGAUGGCUGAGUUGGAUGCAAGAAGAGCAGAGGUGCUUGGAAAUGCGGCUAGAAUCAUUCAAAGGCAAAGUCGUACAUAUCUUGCACGCAAGGAGUUUGUUGCAUUACGUAAAGCUGUGAUUCAAUUGCAGUCGUGUUUGCGAGGUAUAUUGGCUCGCAAACUAUAUGAGCAAUUACGCCAAGAAGCAGCAGCUUUGAUGAUACAGAAGAAUUUCCGACGAUACAUUGUCCUGAAAUCCUACUCAACAGUACGAUUGUCUGCAAUCACAUUGCAGACAGGGUUAAGGGCAAUGACUGCUCGCAAUGAAUUCAGAUUCAGAAAGCAAACUAAGGCAGCAAUUAUUGUCCAGGCUCGUUUGCGUUGCCACAUAGCAUAUUCAUAUCAUAAGAGUCUCCAGAAGGCUGCACUAGUUACUCAGUGUAGUUGGAGGCGAAGGAUUGCUCGGAAAGAGCUCAGAAUGCUCAAAAUGGCUGCAAGAGAAACUGGGGCCCUAAAAGAAGCAAAAGACAAACUAGAAAAGCGCGUGGAAGAACUUACAUGGCGUUUGCAGCUUGAGAAGCGAUUAAGGACUGAUUUGGAAGAAGAAAAAGGCCAGGAAAUUGCAAAGUUACAGGAUGCUUUACAUGCAAUGCAAAUACAAGUAGAAGAAGCAAACGUCAGGGCUAUCCAAGAACGAGAAGCAGCUCAUAAAGCUAUUGAAGAAGCACCUCCAGUCAUUAAGGAGACUCCUGUUUUAAUCCAAGACAUGGAAAAGAUUGAUUCUUUAACUUCUGAGGUGGAGAGUUUAAAGGCUCUGCUACUAUCAGAAAGACAGGCAGCAGAGGAGGCCAGGAGAGCUUCUACAGAUGCUGAGGCGAGAAAUGUAGAGCUGACUAAAAAACUUGAAGAUGCAGAGCAAAGAGUGGAUCAGCUUCAGGAAUCUGUGCAGAGGUUUGAAGAGAAACUCUCCAAUUCAGAGUCGGAGAACCAAGUACUUCGUCAGCAAGCACUAACCUUGUCACCAACUGGGAAAACUUUGUCUGCAAGAUCAAAGACUAUGAUUAUUCAGAGAACACCAGAGAAUGGGAAUGUUCUAAAUGGGGGAGCCAAGGUUGCAUCAGAUAUGACUCAUGCAAUAUCAAAUGCACGUGAGCCUGAAUCAGAGGAAAAGCCCCAGAAAUCUCUUAAUGAUAAGCAGCAGGAGAACCAGGACAUUCUGGUUAAAUGCAUAUCUCAAAAUUUGGGAUUUUCUGGGGGAAAACCAGUUGCUGCUUGUGUCAUAUACAAAUGCCUUCUUCACUGGAGGUCAUUUGAAGUUGAAAGAACUACUGUUUUUGACCGGAUUAUUCAAACAAUAGCUUCAGCCUUAGAAGUCCCAGAUAAUAAUGAUGUGUUGGCUUAUUGGUUAUCUAAUGCAUCAACUUUAUUGUUUCUGCUACAACACACACUCAAAGCAACUGGAGCAGCUAGCUUGACUCCACAACGACGGAGAACAGCAACAGCUUCUCUUUUUGGAAGGGUGUCUCAAGGGUUACGGUCAUCUCCUCAAAGUGCGGGACUCUCAUCUUUUCUUAAUGGUCGAGGUCUUGGUAGACUUGAUGACUUGCGGCAAGUUGAGGCCAAGUAUCCAGCAUUAUUGUUUAAGCAGCAGCUUACUGCCUUCCUUGAAAAGAUAUAUGGAAUGAUACGAGACAAUCUAAAGAAAGAGAUCUCUCCAUUACUUGGACUAUGUAUCCAGGCACCCAGGAACUCACGAGCAAGUUUAGUGAAAGGACGUUCCCAAGCUAACGCUGUUGCUCAGCAAGCUUUAAUUGCUCAUUGGCAAAGUAUUGUUAAAAGCUUAAACAGUUCUUUGAUGACAAUGAAAGCGAACUAUGUGCCCCCAUUCUUAGUCCGUAAAGUGUUCACUCAGAUAUUCUCAUUCAUCAAUGUUCAGCUAUUCAACAGUCUUCUUUUGCGGCGUGAGUGUUGUUCAUUCAGUAACGGGGAAUAUGUAAAAGCGGGUCUGGCUGAAUUGGAACAGUGGUGCGAUGGGGCUACUGAGGAAUAUGCAGGCUCAGCUUGGGACGAACUAAAGCAUAUUAGGCAGGCUGUUGGAUUCCUAGUCAUACAUCAAAAACCAAAAAAGACUUUGAAUGAAAUAACAAAGGAACUCUGUCCUGUGCUCAGCAUACAGCAGUUAUACAGGAUCAGUACAAUGUACUGGGACGACAAAUAUGGCACACACAGUGUGGCUUCAGAUGUUAUUUCAAAUAUGAGAGUUAUGAUGACUGAGGACUCUAGCAAUGCUGUUAGUAGUUCGUUCCUAUUAGAUGAUGACUCAAGCAUCCCGUUCUCCGUGGAUGACAUCUCCAAGUCAAUGCAACAAAUAGAUGUAGCUGACAUUGAUCCUCCUUCCUUAAUUCGUGAAAACUCGGGGUUUGGGUUUUUACUUCCACGUGCCGAGUGAUGUUCAUGAUCAUGGUUUUGGAUGCUCAGAUCUUGUUCUCAUGGCUACCUACGGGAUGUGCACAUAAAUUGAUGUGCUAAAACUUGUGCAUAUAGGUUUCAUUGCUUGUCACCAUUCAUGUGUAUAGUACAUACUUCAACCCAGGCAAUCCGUCUUGGUGUGAUGUCUGGGUCAAUUCAUUUUUUUCCUCUCAAGUUAUAUCAACAAGAGGGGAAUUUGUCAAGAAGCCAUAUCACUGUUGAUGUGAUAAUGUGCAAUUAUAUGGGCAUUGGUGUCCUGUGACUUCUGCCAAACCGGCAGAGGCCCUUUUUUAUUUUUUAUUUUUUCAUAUUCUUCUUGGGUUUUCAGGUCUUGUAGUGGGGUUUUUUUAAAUUGUAAUUAGCAACUAAAAAUGCGUGUCAUAGGCUAUUAUUUGUUGUGUUUGUAAGCAAAUUUGUGUUUAA